AUGACAAAGGAAGAUUAUGAUGAAGUUGAUCGGGAGGUGAUGGAGCUGAUGGAUAUUCGCUGGUGCAUGGCAAGUGUCAUCAGGAAGGCUCAACGGUUCAUGGAGAUUACUAGGAGAAAGUGUUUGGAAGGCCCUGACAUGAUGAUAGGUUUUGAUAAAGCUAAAGUUUCAUGUUUUAAAUGUAAACAGAAGGGGCACUUCAAACGAGAAUGCACAAAUAACAAAGCUGAUGAUAAUGGGAAUCCUUUUCAUGAGGAAUACUACAAAAAGGCCAUCUAUCAUCGCAACAACAAGCAACCAUCAAGAACGCAAAUUGAGGAAGGGUCAUCUAAAGAGAAAAAACAAGCUAUGUUGACAAUUAAUGAUGAAUGCAGUGGACCCAAUGAGAGAAAAGAAAAAUGGUGGUUGGUUGCUGAAAUCAAACAAAGCCGAGAGGAAAGACAUGCAUGCCUGAGGUUGGAAGAAGUGUAUGAUGCUUUUAAAGAAGCAAGGCGAGAAAAUAGAUGGUGUGAAGAGAAAGAGUGUUUUGUUGAUCCUCAAGGAAACCCGAUAGUUGAUCUUGAUGAGGUAAAUCUUGAAGCAUUAAUUGCUGCAGUUCCAACUGUAAGGGUUUGGUGUAAAGGUCUCAAAGAAAUUCCAAGAUACAGAGAAAAAGUAGAGGAAGGCAUAAGAAAGGUGAUUUAUGCUAGCCUUGAGAAAAAAAAAGAAGACUGUUGA